AUGGUGAAGCUCAAUUUUGUUGUGCGUAGUGUGGUGAUCACUCUAGCAUUCACGCUUUCCCUUUGUGAUGCUAACGACGACGAUGGUAAUCCAAAAUUUCAUAUUGUUUAUUUGGGCUCAUUACCUGAAACAAAAGCUUCUUAUUCUCCCACCUCUCACCAUCUUAAUAUGCUGCAACAAGUUCUUGAUGGUAGCAACCCAACAAAAUCCUUAGUCCGUAGCUACAAGAGGAGCUUUAACGGUUUUGCCGCCAUGCUCACGAAUCAGCAAGCGGCAAAGUUAACCGAAAUGGAAGGUGUUGUUUCAGUUUUCCCAAGCAAGACUCUCCAAACCCAAACCACAAGAUCUUGGGAUUUCUUGGGACUUCCAAAGGCACCAAAAGGGCAUCAAACAGUAGAAACUAAUCUCGUUGUCGGAUUUCUCGACACCGGGGUUUGGCCGGAAUCGGAAAGCUUCAGCGACAAAGGUAUCAGAGAGCCUGUUCCGAAACAUUGGAAGGGUAUAUGUGCAGGUGGCUUGAACUUCACAUGCAACAAGAAGUUAAUCGGAGCAAGAUUCUACGUAGAGAACUCUGCCAGAGACAACAUUGGCCAUGGAAGCCACACAGCAUCAACAGCAGCCGGAAAAACCGUUGACAAUGGCGGUUUUUAUGGAAUUGCAGGAGGCACAGCGAGAGGAGCAGUUCCUUCUUCAAGAAUUGCUGCUUACAAAGUAUGCAGCUCUGCAGGCUGUCAAGACCACGACAUCUUAGCUGCCUUUGAUGACGCAAUUGCUGACGGAGUUGACGUCAUCUCCGUUUCACUUUCUGGGACCAUUGCCCUACGCCUUGACACAGAUUCAAUUGCCAUCGGUUCAUUUCAUGCAAUGGCCAAAGGAGUAGUUGUAGUCCAAUCUGCUGGAAAUUAUGGUCCUUUACCUGGCACCGUAUCAAGCGUUGCGCCAUGGGUGAUAACCGUCGCAGCAAACACCAUAGAUCGGAAAAUCGUUGACAAGGUCGUUCUUGGAAAUGGAAAAGCGUUGACCGGGAUCCCGGUUAUUAAUCCUUUCGAGCCAAAGAGAAGAACAAUUCCUAUAGCUUUGAGCAACGGCAAUACAAGGAGCUGUUUUGAAAAAUCCGAUGAUCAAUGUGCAUGCUUGGAUGAAAAAUCGGUGAAAGGAAAGAUAAUUUUGUGUGAAUAUUAUCUAGAAAAAGAUGUACUCUUUUCUGGUGCAGCUGGUGCAAUUGGAAAAGCAUCUGAUCUUGAUAACGUGGCUUCUAACACUCUAAUGCCUUCAGUGACAUUGCUGCAAAAAGAUUAUGCCAUUGUUAAAUCCUAUAAAAACUCAACAAAACACCCAAGUGCUAAGAUCCUCAAGAGUGAGAGCGCUCAAGAUCAUAAUGCUCCUAAAGUGGUAGCAUUUUCUGGCCGUGGACCAAACCCUACAAUUUCAGAGAUCUUGAAACCUGAUAUAAGUGCCCCAGGGGUUAAUAUCUUGGCUGCUUUUUCGCCAAUUGGUUCACCAACAGAAGAUCCUAGUACGGAUAAUAGAUCUGUACAUUACAAUAUUCUAAGUGGAACUUCAAUGUCUUGUCCUCAUGUUUCUGGAAUAGCCGCAUAUGUGAAAAGUUUUCACCCUCAUUGGUCAACUGCGGCAAUCAAAUCUGCUAUUAUGACGUCAGCAAAACCCAUGGUUAGGAGUUCGGUGGAAGAUGUGGGAGAAUAUGCAUAUGGAUCUGGACAAGCCAAUCCAAUUCUCGCAAUCAACCCUGGACUAGUUUAUGACAUUAACAAGGAAGAUUAUGUGCAAAUGCUGUGUAACUUAGGGUAUGAUAAUCGCAAAAUUAAAGUGAUAUCUGGAGAGUUGAAUGCGUGCAAGGGAGCUGCACAUCGAUCAUUGGUAAGAAAUUUAAAUUAUCCAACUUUUGCAGCUCAUGUUCGGCCCAUGGUGCCUUUUAAUGUCAGGUUUGGUAGAAUUGUUACAAAUGUUGGUUUAGCCAACUCAAGUUAUACCGUAACAAUCACACCGAAUCCACAAGUUAAUAUCACGGUGACACCAAAGGUUUUGUCCUUCAAAGCAUUAAACGAGAAAAAAUCAUUUGUAGUGAAGGUUGUUGGUAAGAUACCACAUGAAACUGUGGUUAUCUCAUCCAUAGUAUGGUCAGAUGCGACCCAUCAUGUUCGAAGCCCAAUUGUUAUAGAUGUCUCGGUACCAUGA